AUGAUUAAGACAAAUGCUUUGCUCAGAUUCAGCAUUUAUCAGACAAGACAUAGUCCAAAAAUUCAAUCUAACAGGAACAAGUCUUCCGUCGAAGCUAUUAAACAUUCGGAGGCUUCACAAUGUUCAUUGGUUCAGAUUUGGAGGCUUCACAAUUCUCAUUGGUUCAGAUUUGGAGGCUUUAAAACUCUUAUUAGUUCAGAUUUAGAGACUUCACAAUUCUCAUUGGUUAAGAUUUGGAGAAUUGUUGGCAUUGAUUUUACUGCGUCAAACGGUAAUCCAAGUCAAUCCAAUUCUCUGCAUUACUUAAAUCCUCAUGCACCGAAUGAAUAUGUGAAAGCUUUAGUGGCUGUCGGUGAGGUUUGUCAAGACUACGACACAGAUAAAAUGUUUCCUGCACUUGGUUUUGGUUGCAAGAUUCCACCACAUGGCCAAGUUUCUUUCGAAUUUCCACUGAAUUUUAAUCCCACAAAUCCAUAUUGUCAAGGUAUACCAGGUAUUGUCGCUGCGUAUCAAAACUGCAUUCGCCAGGUACAAUUAUAUGGGCCAACAAAUGUUGCACCGAUUAUAAACCACGUAGCGAAAUUUGCAUACUCAAUGAUUCAAAAUCAAGAACAUACAGCCUCAAAUUACUUCAUUCUGCUGCUGAUCACCGAUGGUGUCAUCUCUGAUAUGGACGACACUGUAUCAGCUAUUGUCAAUGCUUCGUAUCUACCUAUGUCUCUUAUUAUCGUGGGUGUGGGCGGAGCUGAUUUUGCACAGAUGGAUGAGAGAAUUAUGCUAGCUUUUGGUUUGAUUUUAUGGUGCAGAAUAAGUAUAGCAAAAUAAACGUGAAAAGCUUGGCACAAUUUUUAUAAUCCGUCAAGACAAACGAAGAACUAUUGCGGGCCAAUAACGGCAGGGAAGCAUUACGAGAUAUUGUCCAAUUUGUUCCAUUUAGAGAUUUUCGACAGGUACCACCUACAGAAUUAGCGAAAGCUGUACUUGCAGAAGUUCCUAAACAAGUGACAGAUUUUUACCGAAUAAAGGGAAUACAACCGAACACUCCUCCUCCGAUACCAAAUAUGCAAAUGCCUACUGUGUCAUGAACGUGA